AUGGAUACAUUUAUUAUUGGUAUUCGUGAAUAUGGCCUUAGAAUUGAUGGUAGAACAAGGAAUGAGUAUAGAAACAUAAGUAUUAACUUAAACAAGAAUUAUGGUGAGGCGGAAGUCAAUAUAGGCAGAACCCAUGUAUUAUGUAUAGUGAAAAGUGAAUUGGUCAUCCCUAGCCAGGAAAGAGCUUCUGAAGGGUUUAUUUCAUUCACAGUAGAUGUAGGGCCUUUAAGUUUAAAUCCUUCAAGCCACACAUUUCGUCAUAGUAGAACAACUAUGGGGACUGAAAUUGCAAAUUAUAUUGAAAGAAUACUAAAAGAAACUGGUGCAAUUGAUACUGAGAUUUUAUGUAUAUUGUCGGGAGUUUGCGCUUGGUCAGUGAAAUGUGAGAUGCAUGUGCUUUUUGAUGACGGAAAUUUAUUUGAUGCAUGUUUAAUGGCAACAUUGUCAGGGCUAAGACAUUAUAGAUAUACUGGGGCAGAUAUCGAUAGUUUUCUGAGAAAAUUAAAGUGCGAGGGUUUUGGGCAAAGAGAUUAUCAGAGGUUGGAAAAUACCAUAAAAAAAUUAGAGAUGAUUCCUUUUAAUAUACAUCAUUUUCCUCUUUCCGUUUCCAUUGGAUACAUAGAGAGUAAGGAAGAACUCUUAUAUAUAGUUGAUCCAAAUUCAGAUGAAGAGAGCAUUUCAGAUGCAAUUAUUCGCAUAUCUAUUAAUGAUAGGCAAGAAGUAUGUGGAAUCAGUAAAUUUGGAGGAGUAAAGUUAAGUUUGAAUCAAAUCAAUUAUGCGAUUCAAAUAGCAACGACACACAGUGGAAAUCUUCACCAUGAAUUUAAACAAAUUUUUGAAGGAGAAUAUUUAAAAAGAUUGAAAUAUUCUGAUAAUAAAGAAAAAAUUAUCAUUGAUAAAUUCGAAACCAAAUUAAAAGAAUCGAAUAUUGAAUUUGAAACAAAACCAUCUUUAAUUAUGCAAAUUAUGCCCAAUGUUGAACCAGAGAUAUCAAAUAAUGGAACACCUAACUCUAGCAUUUUGCCCAGUCUCAAUAAUCUGGAAAUAAAAAAUGCCGAAUUUGAUGAACAUGAAAGUCGAAGUGAAUCUAAAUUAGAGAAAGUCUCUUUAUCAGAUCGUAUAUGCGAGACUCUGGAGCAAGUUCAGCUUGACCAAAGUGUUGAGUCAAUUGAACUACUGAGUGCAGUAAAAUCGAAUGUUAAAAUAAAAAAGAGAAAGAAAGGUUGA